GCUGGGAGAAGUUCCGACUAUGGAAACAGUGCGUGAGGAGAUGGAAGGGCAGCUUGCACCUGGGCGAGGUACAGGCGGCCGACAGACUUCUAGAGGUCCUGCCCUGGGACAUCCGAUCGCUCCUCGAGGAUAUUCCAGACAACGAGCUGACGGUGGAGCUCAUACUGCAGAGAAUGGGCUUCAAGUCAGGCGAGCGUGAGGACGACGAACUCUUCCGGACGGGCAGCGAGGCCAUGCAGGACACCGAGCGGAAUAAGGAUGAGGACCUGCACACUUUCGCUGAGAGACGGAAGCGACAGUUCGACAAGGCAAAGAGCAUCGGGAUGGAGAUUCCGGAGAAGACACAGGGCAUGGUGCUGAUGCAGGGUGCUCGUCUCAGUGAGCAGGGCAGGCAGAACCUGAAGAGUUUGACGAAGGGCUCCAUGAGAGGUGAGGACAUCCUCUGGGCACUGCCGAAGCUCGACACCGGAGGGAAGGUCUGGAGCGACGGCAAGCAGUCAUCACUUUUGAGUAUCGAGCCGGCCAUGGUGCUGGUCGAGAUCUCCGAGAAGGGUCUCGUGGAGCCGGAGGUGGUCGAGACUCUGGCGCGGAUUGGAAAGACCAAGAAGACGUGGAAGGAUAACCAGCAGCUGAAGACGGCCCUCAAGCGUGAUCGGGGAGUAGGACCCGCAGUUGAGGCCUUCACGUUUGCCGUCAUCGAGGAGAAUGACCACCAGGACUACCACGUCAGUGGCAUCACGGUCCUGGGCAGGGAGGUCUCGACGAGCCUCAAGGGGAUCACUGGCCAGGAGACUGAUCUGACGGGGGCCUCCAUGCUGGUCCUGGAGAGCGGCCUGAUCAUCGUAGACAGCGGCGCCUCUCAGGCGAUCGUCGGCAUGCAGAUCAACUGGGUCGAGAAGAACGUACAGGCACCUCGUGGCAUCGGCGGCGCAGCAACGCUGGUCGGGGUCGCAGUGGUGCCGAUAUCCAUCAGUGGCAGAAGCGGGACCAUCGAGUUCGUGGUCGUGGAGGAGGACCUGCCUCCUCUCCUACCAGGUGGGUUUCUCGAGCGGUUCGGCGCGGCGCUGGACUACGAGAAUGGUCUUCUUCCCCUGAAGAAGUUGGACUGCGGGGCUGAGCUCCGCCGGAUCGGGAAGAACCACCGGGGGAUCUACAUCGGCACUGGGGCGGAGCUGGCUGAGCACGCUCUUCUCCCCAGCCCGCGGGCCUUGCAGCAGUUCCUCGGGCGCAGACUCCAGUCCCACAGCGAGAUCCGCCUCACGACGAUGCGGGGCCCCCCGGACUCGAGCAUCUCCGAGCGGGUCGGGGCUCAGUGGAUCCGGCUGCUGCACGCCUGGAUGAUGUGGGUGCAGAAUCUCGUGGGCAAGUUCUACGCGCAGGGCAAGCGCGGGGGGCCUUUUCCCAGGUGGUUCGAGACCUCCCGCAACCAGCGCGGGCGCUGGGAGCAGCGUCGCAAGUGCAAGGCGAGGUCUUCCUACCAGGAGGUCGGGUUCCGCGGGGGCGGCCACGGGCAGAUGACGGCCUCCGAGCGGCCCCCGCGCGACGUCAAACCCCUGAGGUCGGCGAUGCAGGAGUCCAGCUCCAGCUCAGCGUCGCCGUGCGGCAUCGGCGCCGACCGACGAGAACGCCUGGCGAUGACGGCCUCCACGGGGCCGAUGACGGUGGCACUGCGCGAGCAGUCGGCGACGCUCUCCCACAUGGCGGCCACGAUGCAGCAUGUGAAUCUUCAGAGCAGAUUUUGCAACCGGUGCAAGUGCGGCCUCCAGCUCGUCG